AGGCUGGAGGGGGGCGGGUUGCGGCUGGCACGUGCGUCAUUUCCGUUGUCAGGUUGGGGGCUCCGUUGGUUGGGUGCAGCGGGCGAGGCUUUUGACGGGAUGGAAUCGGCUGCCGAUGCCGCGGCGACGUUCGCCUCGUUCCGCGGUCAACCGGCUCCUUCAGGGAUGCAUCUGGUGUCAGUCGACUGCCCUGGGAUAUAACUGCAGAGCGGUCGGUGAAAGAGGCCUGCCCAGCGGAUCGAAUCGAAUCGAUAGGUGAACCCGCGGGCCUGGCAUGAGAGGCGGGGACCGGCGAUGCCGUCUGACCUGCUGAGUUCCAGCAUUUUGUGUGUGUUGCUUUGGAUAUCCAGCAUCUGUAGAUUUUCUCAUUUAAUUGGAGGAGGAAGAUGAAGAGGCGAGUGCUAGACAGAGGAGCCGGUGAAUCCUCGGUACAAUCCAAAGCUCUUUGUACAGGAAUCUCUGGGAGCAACAGUAAAAGAGCUGGGCCAUUUAUCCUUGGUCCUCGUUUAGGAAAUUCACCUGUACAGAGCAUUGUUCAAUGUUUGGCGAGAAAAGAUGGAACAGAUGACUUCUAUCAAUUAAAAAUUCUUACUCUUGAAGAUAGAGGUGAAGGAAUUGAAACUCAGGAAGAAAGACAAGGCAAGAUGCUCUUACAUACGGAGUACUCCCUUCUGUCCUUGCUGCACAGUCAAGAUGGAGUGGUGCAUCACCAUGGUCUAUUUCAGGAUAGAGCUGUUGUAGAAGAGUUUGAAUCAAACAAGCUUGUACGGAGAAUGAAGAAAAGAAUCUGUUUAGUUCUUGACUGCCUUUGCGCUCAUGACUUCAGUGACAAGACGGCUGAUCUCAUCAAUCUACAGCAUUAUGUUAUUAAAGAGAAGCGGCUCAGUGAACGUGAAACAAUUGCAAUAUUUUAUGACGUGGUACGGGUAGUGGAAGCUUUACACAAGAAGAAUAUUGUGCAUAGGGAUCUGAAGCUCGGGAACAUGGUGCUAAAUAAAAGGACCCAUCGGAUCACCAUCACGAACUUCUGCCUAGGAAAACAUCUAGUUAGCGAGGAUGAUUUACUCAAAGAUCAGCGUGGAAGCCCAGCCUACAUCAGCCCUGAUGUGCUGAGUGGCCGGCCAUAUAGGGGCAAACCCAGUGACAUGUGGGCACUAGGUGUGGUGCUCUUCACAAUGCUUUAUGGGCAAUUUCCAUUUUAUGACAGCAUACCUCAGGAGCUUUUCAGGAAAAUCAAAGCAGCAGAAUAUACCAUCCCUGAAGACUGCCGUGUAUCAGAAAACACAGUUUGCUUGAUUCAGAAAUUGCUACUUCUGGACCCACAGCAAAGGCUAACAGCAACUGAAGUGCUGGAUUCAUUGAGCUCCAUCAUAGCUACAUGGCAGUCUCUUUCGUCACUUAGUGGUCCUUUACAGGUGGUGCCAGAUAUUGAUGACCAAGUCAACAAUCCAGAAAUCUUACAGGAGGCAAAAGUCACAGAAGAGUCGUCACAGUAUGAAUUUGAAAACUACAUGCGGCAGCAGUUAAUGCUGGCUGAGGGAAACACUAUGCAUGAGGUGAAGAGUUUUGCACAGAAGAGACAGUUUAGCAACAUCCCGCCAGUGAGGCGAUUGGGCCAUGAUGCCCAGCCCAUAAAUCCUCUUGAUGCAGCAAUUCUUGCUCAGCGCUACCUGCGGAAAUGAUGGGCAGACACAGGACAGGAAUCUCCGCGUGCCAAUUUAACAGCACAGUAAUACUCAUCGUGCCACGUACUACCAAUCCUGAGCAAUACAGUAUUCUGUGACAGAUAUGUAGCAUUGGAUACCACCUCCUCAAAGGAUAGCUGUAGUUUGAGACAACUGAAGAUGGCUCUUUGAAAAGGACAAUAUUGCAGCAUCUUCUGGGAUAGUAGUAGAUUUUAGUUUUACUUUAUAUAAUCUACCUCUUUAUUCAUUUAAUCAUGACACUUCUCAGAACUGUAUAUUGAGAGACUAGGUCGAGGUAUUUGUCCUAUGUUUUGACUCUGUAAAGAACUUGUACUGCGAGGGAUUGUAAGAGCAUUAAGAAUUGGGCGAGUUCAUUGCUGUGGAGUUCCAAUUUGCCGGCAUUACCCAUCAACUAAUAAUCUUACUUUGUUUUUCUACCUGCCUACCCCUCCCCAUUUGUUAAUUAUUUUUGUCAAAUUCAGUGUGGUACAAAAUGCCCAUCAAAAAAAAAUGUGAAGGAAAGAAAACUAAUGUGAUUAAUUCCCAGAAAAAUUGUUUAUACUGUGUGCAUCUGCAGGUUCAAUGAACCUUCCCCAUCUUUUUUUGCUUUGCUUUUAUUUUUAUUGUGGGAUUGAAAGUUUUUAAUUUGGAGUUUCGUAUGUUUUUAAAACUACAGUACUUCAACAGCAGUUUGUAUUCCACGGCCACAGGAGGUUUAAGUUCACUGAGCUGCAAAACACUAGUGUCCUUUCUAUAUUUCUAAACAAGCUCAGGGACAACAUUUAGAGUCUUCACAUGGAUUUCAGUGAUGCAUAGAAAAUUUUGUCAGUGUUUCUGCGCUUAACAAUGCGCCACUUGUCCAGGCAGAGUGUUUGAAGACCCCAUGUUGAUGCUGGCAGAAAUUUGAGGUAAACUGGCCAUAAUAGUUCCCAGUAUACUGGUUGUAGCACUUCGUUGAUUUGGUAUCUACGAAUCUAGUAGCAACCAUGACUUUGCUGCAAUAGUGUGUUUAGUGAGUCUAUCGACCCCUUCAGUUUUGCCCUCCUGCUACCUGGCGAUGCACAGAAUUUUCAACUUUGAAAUGUUCUUCAGUGAAGUUGAUAGGGCAGUGAGGUGGAACAUGGAUAGUAGGGAAGUUAUGUCUGGUUGUAAUCAUGUACUGCUGUGUACUUCAGUUUGUAGCAUUUCCUUUGGUGGGGCAGAUUUUUUUCCCUGCAGCAAUGGACUUGUGAAUCUAGUAACAUAAAGGCUGUGACUAGCUACUGGCAAUGGCAUUUAGCAUAACUCCUUUUGGUGACACUUUGGGCAACAGCUAACCCCCUUGUUGGUCUUGCUUAAAUAAAAUGCUUCCAGCUUGGUUAGUUGAGGAUGUAUCAAACUCUUCUGUGAUGUGGCAAUCUGGCAUAUGUUUUUUAAGCAUAGCCUGCUAGCUGCAGCAUCAUUACCAGUGAUGAAUAUCCAUUGACUCUAAAACGGGCAAUAGAUUCCAUCAAACAUGGGAUUCUCCACCAUUUUUUCCUUUUGAAGGACAGUUGAGACUGUUACAUUGCUAACCCUCUCAAGACCUAGAUUUGGAUGCUGUUUGAUAAUCUAAUAUCCUAGGAUUUAUAUUAAAGACGUCUUUGGAGUGUAGUUCAACUGUAGCACAAUCAUGCCAGCCAGAUAUUGCCUCAGUAUGGCUUUAGUUAUCUUAGGCCUAAUUUCAAUAGGGUAUGUAAAAUUACUCUGAUGUGGUCACCAAUGAUGUUGAAAUCUUGUGUGUACAUAUAUUUUUUGUGGUAGGUUUUGGGCUUCAUUGGAUUUUAAUACUGUUUUGAAUUUAAUUUGGUAGUAACACCCUAAAUAAAUGCCUAUCUUGCCUAAAUAUAGUUAACCUGUGAAAAUACAGUUCUUGGAGAGAGAAUGUUCCUGCAGAACCUUUUGUUUGUGCAAAAAGUUGUGUAGCAGGAGGUACUGUACACCUUCAACAGGCAAUGCCAGUUGCUCUGGAUGGUGGGGGAAAAAAGUAAGGCUAGUCCUUGUUUUUCCUGUAAGUUUGGGAUAAAUAAAGGAGCGAGUUGUACUUAUUUUGAGGAACUGAAGCAUGCAAGUCAUUCAUUGAAAAUGUAUUGUUGCCCAAUGGAAGAGUACAGGUGUCUGAGGUUUUUUCACACUUUUGAAUAACUUUUGUGGACUCUUCUCUGCCUCCUUCUGCCAGUCUAAAAGUUUGCUAACUGUUUCUAAUUUUCUUGAACCUGUGUUUGAAAGAUAGUUUCUUAACCUUUGUAGUAGUGAGCAAAGCCUUUGUUGAGCAUCAAAUUGAGAAAUCUUCAAUAUGAGUUCAUUUAAAUGUUUAUUAACUGGGAAAAGUUGUAUAAAAGGAAUCAAACUGAUCCAAAUACUUUAAAUUUUAAUAUGUAUUAUGGAAAUAUUUGGUUUUUGUGUGAUGGAACUAUUUCUAUAAUAUAUAUUAAACUGAAAUAAGCUGUUAUGCCGUAUCCGGUUGAUUAACCCAAUCCAUAGGUGUUUGGGUUGGUAAGGGAUAGCAAGGGCAAUGUACUCACUUAGGUUUGGAUUGAAGAUUUGCAAUAUUUUCAAGACUUUUGGGCCCUCAGGGAUUAGUGUUAUGGGACUUGUUUGGUGUCUAGGUGCUUUCUGAUGUGGCAAACAUGUGCUAAGUUGGAAAUACUUAACUCUGUGUAGGGGUUUUCUUGUAUUAGCAAGUUGAGCUUUCAGUGGAAUCAAACCUGUCCAUUCAGUUGCACAUGAGGAUGAGUUUGUAGGUGCAAUUUCCCCAAUGUACUGGGAUCCUGUUGGUUGAGUGGAUAUAUCCCAUGUAUACCUGUGAGCUAAUAAAUUGAAGUGGAAUAUAAAGCAGCAAUCUGUGAUGAAACUCAAGAAUGGAUGGGUUAAAGUGCACAAGGUUUUUAAAAUAAUUUUUUUUAAAAAAUUGAAAUGGUCUUCUAUGGCCAAGGUAGCUUUAUAAAUGGUGAAUGUGAGGUUUGUUGAAAUAAGGAUUGACAUCUGCUGGCCAAUUAACACUGCAUCUAAAGAUAGUGUGGUUGUUGGUGUUCAAAUGGAGGUCUUAACUAAUGAGCUUUGUUCACCAUUUCUCUUUAAUGUAACAUGUCACUAUUUCUUUGGGCCGGUUGGAGCCCUGUGUUUGGAAUUGGUGAUGCAGCCAGCUACAACUAUAACUCUCAGGAUCUAUAGCAGUUAGUUCUGAACGUGUCAGCUGUGUGGAAUUGUGCUUUGUAAUGGGCUAUUGCCAUGGUAAAGCACGACAGCUCCUAUGAAGAAUAUUUUGGUAUAAAUAUGUCAACCUGAGUAGAGCUGAAUGGGGAGCAGGAACUUGCCGAAGACCCUGCUACAGAAUGCAGGCUGACUGUUUCUCUUGGAUCUUGUUCAUUAGUAAACAACAGCUUAAUGGAGCACUCCUGCCCAUUAUAAUCUUGAACUGUUUUCUAUACCUCUUCUCCCCCAGUCCUAUACAAGUAUUUCAGCUGAAGGGCAACUUCCUUGCCAUCUCCAAUGUUCAGCUGAGAGCAACACAACUUAAAAAAAUAAAUCUGCCUUUCAAAUGUUUCUCCUUCUUGACUGAGUUUUCUGAGCCUUACUCUAGUUUGGCUGCUCCAGAUUUUUUUUUUUGGUUGUAACUUGUACAUAAUUAAAAGAAAACUAAUUUUGUGAAGACAGUUAACCAUCUGUCACAAUUAAAGCCAUGGAUUUUAGUUCAUCCUGCAGAAUCUGCUAUAUUAUUGAGCAAGUUUUCCUUUAUUCCCUUUAAUUAUGUGUUUAUGGUAUAAGUGAUUGUCUAAUCAGACUGGAACAGCGCAGCAGCCUGUGCAUGAGAAUGAUUUGUGUGUUUAAGCUGCCUCUGGAUGUACCAAUUGAAGUAGGUUGUAUGAGAUGUCAGUAGAAAGGAAUUGUGAUCAUUGUAUACAAAUUUAUAUAAAAUAAAGAUGACAUAUUUUUGUACUUCAUUAAAUCUACUUGCAUGUCAGCAAUAAAUUUCAUACUGUAGAAAAGCUCA